AGAAGUAGGAGAAGGAAGUAGGGAAGUUGCGAUGGCGAGCUGUGGUGAAGGGGUGAAGAAGGUAGUGGGCGAAGGAGGAGGCCCGGCGGCGAAGUUCUGCGACUUCUGCGGCGCCUCGCCAGCCGUGUUACACUGCCGCGCUGACGCUGCGUUCCUCUGCGGGGCCUGCGACGGUCGCGUGCACGGCGCCAACGGCCUCGCUUCCCGCCACGAACGCACGCGGCUUUGUGAGGUGUGCGAGCGCGCCCCGGCCGCCGUCGCGUGCAAGGCAGACGCGGCCGCCCUCUGCGCCACCUGCGACGUCGACAUACAUUCCGCCAACCCGCUUGCCCGCCGCCACCACCGCGUUCCCCUACCCACGUUCGUUGGCCCCCCCGCCGCCACCAAUGCUUCCCUCCAGGAGGAUGGUGACUCCGGCUACUCUCUCCUCCAGCAGGAGUCGGCUGUGCCGCGGUUCUUCUUCUCCGACGCCGACGCCUAUCUAGACCUCGACUACGCCGACGAGCCGAAGGCUGUCGACGAAGAAGCAAAUCCAUCCGCGUGUCUCCUCUUUCCCGGCGGCGGCGGCAGCGGUUGGAAUUUGGAUCUCAAUGCGACCGGAUUAAAACUCGAACCCGAUCUUUCCUUUUGCCACAGCGAGUCGUCGGAGGCGGCAGUGGUUCCAGACAUGUCGCAGGCGAUGGCCGCGACAUCGUGGAAUAACUGGGAUCCGGCAGCCGCGCGGGCGGAGCGGGAGGUGAUACUGACACGGUACCGGGAGAAGAGAAAGACCCGGCGGUUUGAGAAGACGAUACGGUACGCGUCGAGGAAGGCAUACGCGGAGGCGCGGCCGAGAGUGAAGGGACGAUUCAUUAAGCGGACAGCGGCGGAGGUGGAUGGCAUCUACUCGUCAGCGGAGGAGUCGAUGACGGCGCUCAUGGCCGACAAUGAUUACGGCGUCGUGCCGUCCUAUUGAUCAAAUUAGCCGGCAAACAUGCAAGCAGAUUAACUAACAUUAAUUGUCUACUCUGUAAAUAAACUUACUCGAUCGUAUGCUUGUGCAAAUGAAAAUAUAUAUACCCCUCUCUUUCCUAAAACAAAAGCCCUAAAUUGUCUGUCUUGUUCAUCCACUUUCAACCCUAAAUAUAAGUCAUCUUGUUCAA